CCCCGAAAUCCCGGGACAAGCAAAGAACCGGGAAAUGGGAAAUCUUAAUUAGAGUCAGAGACACUGUGGAUGAUGACUAAGUUAAUGCAUUGGUGCGUACAUAGAGCAGAAUUUAAAGGUUUUGCUAAAAUACUUGCUAUUCUGUUAACUUUAAUAAUAUUCCAAGAGAACGUACGAGAAGUUGUAGCAUCGAAUACUACGUCUUGCCAUAAUAUUGUGUGUUUAAAUGGAUAUUGCCAAGACGGACGUUGUCUAUGUGAUCGAGGUUGGCAAGGUUCGUUUUGUCAUCGAUGCGGAGGACGGGUUAGACUUACAGAAAGCUCAGGAUAUAUUACUGAUGGAGUUGGAAACUAUACUGUCGAAAUGCAAUGUACAUGGCUUAUUGAAAGUAAUAAACCAAAUAGUACUAUCAGAUUACAAAUAAUUAAUUUAAAAACAGAAUGUAAUUGGGACCAUCUCUACAUCUUUGAUGGAGGUUCUGUGUUUUCUCCACUUUUAGCAGCUUAUAGUAUCAAUAGCUGUCCAAAGAAUUGUUCAGGUCAUGGACCGUGCGUAGAUGGUAUUUGUACCUGUUCAGCAGGUUGGACUGGAGAAGCUUGUGACAUAUCCAUAUGCUCUAAUGGUUGUGAACAUGGCUAUUGCGAAAAAGAACAGCAUAUUUGUAUAUGCAAUCCUGGUUAUACAGCAACUUAUGUAAAAUUUGAAUUAUUUCUUCCUUUUAUUUUAGCUACUGGAAAUUGGGAACUUACUUCAACAAAAGGAGCUAUUGUUAAAGGAGGAUUUGGACACACAAGUGUUUAUGACAAGAGAACACAGAGAAUAUAUGUGUAUGGUGGUUAUCAAUCUUUUGGUCCCGAAGGUGCUUUAGUAGAUUUUUUGUAUGCUUAUAAUGUUUGGCAGCAUGAGUGGAAAUUGUUAACUCCUAGUCAUUCACACCGUUACCUACACAGUGCAGUUAUUCAUCAUGGCUUAAUGCUUGUGUUUGGUGGAAAUAUAUAUAAUGGUACAUCUCAUAGCAGUGGCGACCAGUGCUUUUCUUCUGAUUUUUUAGCAUAUGAUUUAGGUAACCAAUCUUAUUUUACAAUUAUUUUAAGAUUAAUUCUUAUAUUAGGAAGUUGUAAACAAUAUCAUAGUGCUGAUGCUUGUGAAAAAUCUGCAUUAGGUGUUAAUUGUGUCUGGAAUUAUGAAAUGAGUUUAUGCCAGUUGUUUUCAGUUAUUCCAGAUCGUGUCAAAACAUACCAUACAUCAUGUUAUCGAAGAGGAGUAAAUGUUACAUAUCUCUGUGGACGGCAAACGUUAUGUCCAAGUUGUAUUGAGAAUACUUACAAUUGUGUUUGGUGUGGAACAUCAUGCUAUCAUGGAAAAUGCAAUACAGGAAUGAAGAAAAUAAGUGCUGUUGAGCAGUGUGAAGAAGCUCAAAGUAGUAACUGUGAUAAAUUACAUAAUUGCCACGCUUGCCAUACAGAAUAUCAUUGUGGUUGGCAAAAAGAUGAGAAAUGCUAUACUUUCGUUCGAGAAACAGGUAAUGGCACUGAAAAAGCAAUAUUGUCAGAUGAUUAUAGAGUUAAAUGCAAAUUACCUUGUAGUAGCAGAACAACUUGUGAAAACUGUACAAAAGGUCCUUGCAUGUGGUGCAGCAACCAACGUUUGUGCAUUGAAUCAAAUGCGUAUGCAGCUGUAUUUGCCAUUGCACAGUGUAUGGAAUGGACGACGACAAAAUGGAAAUGUCCUGGAUUAUUAUGUAAAUAUAUUCAGACAUGUGAUGAUUGUCAGAAAAAUCCAAGAUGUGGUUGGUGUGAUAAUGGAAGUGGAACAGGAUUAGGGCAGUGUUACGAUGGUUCUGAUUUAGGUCCAAUGACAUUUAAUGGUUCAUCAUAUGUUCUAAAUAAUACUUUGUGUCCUUCAACACGUUGGCACUUUACAUCGUGUCCUAGUUAGUAUAAAUAUAUUGUUUUGAAUAAGUAACUCUAUUAAUUAUUGCUAUGAAAUAGUU